AUGUCGCGGGAGAGGGCAGAGGAGGUGGCCAGGCAGACGGCCAGCCUCCUAGAAGCAGGUUUUAUACGAGAAGUAGACUACUCGACAUGGCUCUCGAAUGUAGUUCUAGUAAAAAAGCACAGCGGCAAAUGGAGAAUGUGCGUAGACUACUCUGACCUUAACAAGGCAUGCCCUAAGGAAUGUUUCCCCCUCCCUAACAUAGACGCGCUCGUCGAUGCUGCAGCGGGCUACCGUUAUCUGAGCUUCAUGGACGCCCACUCCGGCUACAACCAGAUACCGAUGCACCGACCAGACGAAGACAAGACGGCGUUUAUAACGCCGGGGGGAACCUUCUAUUAUAAGGUGAUGCCAUUCGGCCUAAAAAACGCAGGGGCAACAUACCAAAGGCUGAUGAACAAGAUAUUCCGCGACCUCGUAGGAAAGACAGUGGAAGUCUAUGUAGACGACAUCCUCGCGAAAACAACGCGACUCGACGACCUCUUGAAUGACCUGGCGAAAGUGUUCGCGUCUCUCCGACAACACGGCAUGAGGCUCAAUCCCCUCAAAUGUGCCUUCGCCAUGGAAGCUGGAAAGGAUAGCGUUCGAAUGGACGCCCGCAUGCGAGGAAGCCUUUCGGCACUUCAAGGAAAUCCUAGCGGCACCCCCUGUGCUCGGGAAGCCAAAGGACGGGGAACCAUUAUAUCUAUACCUCGCCAUAACAGGAGAAGCCCUGGCCGCAGUUCUAGUGCGAGAAGAAGGGAGGGCUCAACAACCAGUCUAUUUCUUGAGCAGAGCCCUGCAAGGGGCAGAAUUAAGGUACAGCAAACUGGAAAAGCUAGCUCUGGCACUCUUGACCUCCUCACGGAGGUUAAGGCAAUACUUCCAAGGUCACCAGGUUGUCGUAAGAACGGACCAGGAAAUCGACAAGUACUUCAGAAACCCGAUUUGGCGGGAAGGAUGAUGGCUUGGUCCAUUGAACUUUCCCAAUACGACAUACGAUACGAACCCCGGCAAGCCAUUAAGGCGCAGGCAAUGGCAGAUUUUCUAGUAGAAGUAACGGGAGACCUAACCGAAGAAACGAGCACACGGUGGAAGCUCCACGUGGACGGAGCCUCCAACCAGACGUCCGGGGGCGCCGGGAUCAUCCUGGAAAGCCCGGUUGGAGUCGUAUAUGAGCAGUCGAUCAGGUUCGAAUUCCCCGUUUCGAACAACCAGGCAGAAUACGAAGCCCUCAUAGGGGGCUUAACCCUAGCAGCGGAAGUCAGAGCAACAAGGCUGGAAAUAUGCAGCGAUUUGCAGGUCGUCACCUCCCAGGUAAACGGGAGCUAUCAAGCCAAAGACUCAUUAUUACAAAAGUACUUGGAAAAAGUCAAGGAUUUAUGCCAAAAGUUUGAGGAGGUCACGAUCCACCACGUGCCCAGAGAAAGGAACACACGGGCAGAUCUCCUAUCAAAGUUGGCCAGCACUAAAGCGGGAGAAGGCAACCGGUCUCUCAUCCAAGGUAUGACGAGGGAGCCGGCGGUCACCCUGCAUCUAUCAAGGCUGGGUUCUUCAUGGCUAGACCCCAUCACCAGCUUCUUAGAAAAUGGCAAACUCCCCGACGACGAAAAGGGUGCCGCGAAAUUGAGAAGGGAAGCAGCCAAAUACGCGGUCAUUCAGGGACAGCUAUUCAAGAAAGGGCUCAACCAGCCCCUACUGAAAUGCUUACAUCCCGACCAGACGGACUACGUCCUCAGGGAAGUCCAUGAAUGCUGCUGCGGACACCACAUAGGGGGCAAAGCCUUAGCAAGAAAGUUAAUCCGAGCUGGAUACUAUUGGCCGUCGAUGAUGGCAGACUUUAAAGAAUUCGUCAGAAAAUGUGUCAAGUGUCAAGAGAACGCCAAUUUCCACAAGGCACCGGCCUCCGAGUUAAGCUUGUUAACGUCCUCCCGACCAUUCUCGCAAUGGGGAGUCGAUCUCUUGGGGCCCUUCCCAGUCGGUCCCGGGCAAGUCAAGUAUUUCAUAGUCGCCAUUGACUACUACACCAAAUGGAUAGAGGCCGAGCCGCUAGCCAGCAUAUCCUCAUCCAAUUGCAGGAAAUUCAUGUGGAGGCAGGUGAUAACGCGAUUCGGGAUUCCAGAAGUCGUUAUCUCGGACAAUGGCACACAGUUUACCGACAAGAAGUUCACGGAGUUCCUCACCGGCUUGGGUAUAAGACAGAAGUUCUCCUCGGUAGAGCACCCCCAAACAAACGGACAGGUGGAGUCCGCGAACAAGAUUAUCCUAUUAGGGCUCAAGAAGCGAUUGGAUAAUAAAAAAGGUGCUUGGACCGACGAGCUAGCCUCGGUCCUCUGGUCUUACCGAACAACUGAACAGUCUUCCACCAAGGAGACUCCUUUCCGACUGACAUACGGGUUAGAUGCGGUAAUACCCGUGGAAAUCGGGGAACCGAGCCCCCGGCUACUUUUGAAAAGAGUGGAGGAAGCCGUGGAGAAGGACCUAAUAGAUGAAGCCAGAGAAAUGGCCCAUUUGACGGAGACAGCGCUAAAACAAAGAAUGGCCCUGCGCUACAACACCAAAGUGCUCAAAAGGGAGUUUGAACCAAACGAUCUCGUCCUAAGGCGUAACGACAUCGGCUCGCCGACCCCUGGAGCAGGCAAGCUGGCGGCAAACUGGGAAGGCCCUAUAGAAUAA